CUCCGGCGUGGGUCCGGCCUUCCUCUCAGGCUGGGCUGUAGCCUCGGUAGGGGAGAGGCGGGGGUCGUGACGGCAGAGAGCUGAGCGGACCAUGGAGGGCUCCUUUGUGCAGCAUAGUGUGCGUGUUCUGCAGGAACUCAACAAGCAACGGGAGAGUGGGCGGUACUGUGAUGCCACCCUAGCAGUGGGCAGCUUGGUAUUCAAGGCACAUUGGAGUGUCCUGGCGUGCUGCAGCUCAUUCUUCCAGAGCAUGUACGAUGGCGCUUCCAGCCGGGUGAUCCUGCCAGAGACCUUUGCGGAGAUCUUUGCGCUGCUUCUUGACUUCUUCUACACGGGGCACUUGGCGAUCACCUCCGAGAACUGGAAGAAGCUUCUCACAGCUGCCAAGGAACUCUGCAUCCCAGAAGCUGUCAAGCUGUGCCAGGAAUUCAAGCCCAAAUGCUUGGAUAGCAGCGACCAGAAUGGCCAGUUUCCGUGCGAAAAAGACCUCAGCGAUCACUCUGAGGAACUGACAGUUGUGCAAGGGGAACUGGCCUUUCAGGCUGCAGCCAAAAGUGACUCCGUUCAAGAAAGCAGCCUGAGCCCCUCCCCCCAGGGGGACAAAGUGGCCCAGGGACAAAGAGAGAUCCCCUGUGUCCUUCGGGGAAGGUUGAAAAGGGCUCUCAAAACAAACACAUUGAGCAAUGCAGGUGAAGUAAAGGGCAUCUCGGAAUGUAAAGAACUAAAAAGGCCAUUGAAAAGAGGAGCCACCGAGGACGCGGGCGCCAGUAAUGAGGUGGCGUGUGGAUGGGAAAUUCAGGUGGUUGUGGAGCCUAAUGACCUCCCUGCUGAAGACGAUGGAGGAGGAGGAGACAGGAGAACCAAGGAAACAGACGAGGACUACAUUCCUGGGAAGAAGAGUAUCAGGACCAAAAGGAGAUCUCACUUGGCCAGAAAGCCCAGUGCCUCCGAGACCAUAGGGAGCAGCAGCCUGCUGGGGACCGGGCUGCUGGGAAACCGCAGGGGCACUGCUGAGCCCGUCGAAUGCCCCACUUGCCACAAGUCGUUUCUCAGCAAAUACUACCUGAAAGUGCACAACAGGAAACACACUGGAGAGAAGCCCUUUGAAUGUUCCAAAUGUGGGAAGUGCUAUUUCCGGAAGGAGAACUUGCUGGAGCAUGAAGCGAGGAACUGCUUGAACCGUUCGGAGCAGGUUUUCACCUGUUCCGUCUGCCAAGAGGUGUUUAAGAAGCGGCUGGAGCUGCGGCUGCACAUGGUCUCCCAUACGGGAGAGAUGCCUUAUAAGUGCUCUUCCUGCAUCCAGCAGUUCAUGCAGAAGAAGGACCUGCAAAGCCACUUGAUCAAGCUGCACGGAGCCCCCAAGCCCCAUGCGUGCUCUGCGUGUUCUAAGUGCUUCCUGUCUCGGACAGAGUUGCGCCUACAUGAAGCUUUCAAGCACCGUGGGGAGAAAUUGUUCGUCUGUGAGGAGUGCGGUCACAGGGCCUCAAGUCGCAACGGUUUGCAGAUGCACAUCAAAGCCAAGCACAGGAACGAGCGACCCUACGUGUGUGAGUUCUGCCACCACGCCUUCACCCAGAAGGCCAACCUCAACAUGCACCUUCGAACCCACACUGGAGAGAAACCCUUCCAGUGCCACCUCUGCGGCAAGACAUUCCGCACACAAGCAAGCCUGGAUAAGCACAACCGGACCCACACUGGCGAGCGCCCCUUUAGCUGUGAGUUUUGCGGCCAGAGGUUCACGGAGAAAGGCCCGCUGCUAAGGCACAUCGCCAGCCGGCACCAGGAGGGGAGGCCCCACUUCUGUCAAAUCUGCGGGAAAACUUUCAAAGCUGUGGAGCAGUUGCGCGUCCAUGUUCGCAGGCACAAAGGAGUGAGGAAAUUUGAAUGCACGGAAUGUGGCUACAAGUUCACACGACAGGCACAUCUGCGGCGCCACAUGGAAAUCCACGACCGGGUUGAGAACUACAACCCUCGCCAGAGGAAGCUGCGCAAUCUCAUCAUCGAGGACGAGAAGGCCGUGGUGGUCGCCCUGCAGCCCCCCCACAUCCUGGAGGUGGGCUCUGCAGAGGUGAUUGUGGAAUCGCUCGGCCAAACCUCCCUGGCAGAGGAGAUCCCUGUACAGAGACUCUGUUCCAAUGAGAACUUCGCCCCCACGGAUAUUAUUGAACAAUCACUCAUCAUUACAAUCCCCGAAGACUGUGAAACGUAGCGGGUUGUGCCUCUGUAAAGCCCCUUGCCCUAAUAAAGUUCGGGUGGCCUCG